GGGUCACAACCUUGCACAUUUUUAUCUAUCAAUUAGUAGAAACACGUUUUUCAGCUUAGAACAACACAUUGAUUUCGUAUUUUCACAAUUAAAGAACCGGUCAGUUUCACGAUAAACAGGUUCUCUGUCUACACAAUCGUACAAUUUAUGUGGUUAUUGUGUAAUCUAAACAUGCUGAUAGUUGCUCUAGUUAUAUUAGCUUCCACUUUUCUAUACAUUUACUAUGACCACCAAAAACACCUCCCAGGACCAUGGAAUCUACCAAUAAUCGGUUAUUUACAUAAGUUAGACCCUUUAACACCUUACCUCACUUUGACAAAACUGGCACAAAAAUAUGGGCCUAUUUUUCGAAUCAACCUAGGUUUGGUAAACAUGGUCGUGAUUUCCGAAGCAAAAUUGCUAAAAAAAAUUUUACUCAAAGACGAAACUUUGGGAAGACCGCCGUUUUUGAUGUUACUUGAGAUGUUCGGCAACAAAGGAUUAGCGUACAGCCCUGUCGAUGUAUGGAAAGAACAACGCAAAUUUACUACUAACUUUUUAAAAUCAGCUGGGAUUACAAAAUUUUCACCAGCCAGAAAGGAAUUAGAAGAUCUCAUCACGAAUUAUGCUGACGACUUCGCAGAUCAUAUAAACAGUCAAGGGAACAGAGUGAUUUUGGACUCGUCAGAAGCUCUGACACACUACGUCAGCAGCGUCACCGGUACUGUACUAUUGGGUAAAUCGUUUUCGCGUGAUGACGAAGUUCGCAAAAAUUUAAUACACAAUCUUGACAUAGCAAUGCGUGAAGCUCAGCUUGGAGGACCUUUAAAUUUUCUACCAUUUUUACGGUUUUUGCCAAAAUAUAGAAAAUCGUUAACAGCUUUCAGGGAUACGAUAAACAAAAUUCGAAAAAGUUUGUCUGUGCACAUUAAUGAGUGCGAAAAGACAUUUUCUAACGACGACUCCGCUACAAAUUUUAUUGAAGCAUUUUUGUUGCAACGUUCUAAAGGAGGUCCGCCGGAAAUCUAUAGUGUGGACAAACUCGUGUACAUUUUAUUUGAUGUUUUUACUGGCAGCACUGAAACUACAAUAAGUUCGUUGAAAUGGAUCAUUUUGUACCUAGCACAGCACCAAGAUGUCCAAAAUAAAGUACGUCAAGAGUUUGUGGAAGUUUUACAAGGGAAAACUCUCGAAAUGAGUGACGUACCGAAACUAUCGUACACACAAGCAGUACUUAGUGAAGUGUUCAGAAUUAGAACUCUGGCACCACUGGGAUUUCCGCACUAUGUAUCUGACGAUAUCCACGUUGAUAAUAUUAAAAUUCGCAAAGGUACAACGAUAAUGCCGUUGUUGUGGGCUAUUCAUAUGGAUCCCAAAGUUUGGGACCAGCCUGACGAAUUUCGCCCUGAGAGAUUUUUAGACGAAGAGAACAAAUUUGUACCUUCAGAGUCGGUUCUUCCGUUUCAGUGCGGUAAAAGAAUGUGCGUUGGAGAGGAGUUUGCAAGAAUGAUGACUUAUAUAUUUGUUGUUGCUCUAGUCAAGAACUUUAAAAUUGAACCGUGUGAAUCCGGUCCUAUUGAUUUUUCGGGGGUUUGUGGGCUAUCAUUAGUGCCCAAACCGCAGAAACUGGUUUUUAUAAAAAUGUAAAUGCUAAAAUGGGCAUGAUUAUUUUUAGACUUCUUUGCUAGAUUGCUUAGGUGCA